GAGUGGGGGUGUAUCGAUUGCUCCUGCGGUGUAUUGAUUGCUCCUCCAUCGCACUGUCUGACCACGCACCUGGAGCUCGAGGCCCGGCCCGCAUCACAGGCUGGUACCGGAGGGUGUCGUUUGAGGUCAGCUGGGGUGCCGCUGGGCAGAUUGAUGGGACAGGAGAGAAAGCAAAGACGUACACGACGCAGUGGGCGGACAACCAUUGCUCCUGGCUGCUAAUAAAGGAAAACCGCGUCUCGGCUGUGUGUCGCUGGAACAACAGACAGCCCAGCGGAGGGAACGCGGCACGGGAUCCCGCCUGCACCUGCUUUGUUGUCUGUGCUCGUCUCGUUCACCGUGCGGAUAACAUGUUUCAUCGGAGCGCUUUGUUACUGCUGCCCGUCUUUUGUAACAUCAUCAGCAACUCCAGCGCUGCAUCCUCAGCAUCCCGUUCAGGGAAGUGUGAGGACAGCUUGGCCACUCCUCUUCCUUACAGCUCCUUCACCGGGUCGUCUCUAUACAGCCGAGGAAACGGAGCCGGUUAUGCCAAACUCAGCCGGAAACAAGGUUCUGGAGGGUGGUCGCCAUUGGAUACAGACCGUUACCCGUGGCUACAAGUAGACCUUGGUUCUAAGAAGCAGGUGCUUGCCAUAGCAACACAGGGUUGCUAUAGUAGCUCUGAUUGGACCACAAAGUAUCGGCUACUUUACAGUGACACACAGAAAAACUGGAGACCUUAUCUACAGGAUGGAAACAUUUGGACAUUUGAAGGGAAUGUGAACAGCGAGGGUGUAGUUCGCCACGAGCUGCAGUAUGCCAUCCUGGCUCGCUACAUCCGUUUCAUCCCAGUGGACUGGAGCAGGGCGGGUCGCGUCGGGGUGCGCCUGGAGCUGUAUGGCUGCUCAUACUGGGCCGAUGUGAUUGGUUUCGAUGGGCACGGGGUCAUCUCCUACCGCUUCAGGAGUAAAAAGUUAAAAAUUGUGAAGGACGUCAUCGCUCUGAAGUUUCGCACCACAGCAGGAAACGGGGUGCUGCUUCACGGAGAGGGGCAGCAGGGGGACUACAUUUCCCUCGAGCUUCACAGAGCAAGACUGCUGCUCAGCAUCAACUUAGGCAGCAACCAGAACGGUUCUAUUCAGGGUCACACGGCUGUGACCAGUGGAAGCUUGCUGGAUGAUGACCACUGGCACUCUGUUGUCAUCGAGCGUUACCGCAGGAAUGUCAAUUUUACUUUAGACCGCCACACUCAGCAGUUCAGAACCAAUGGAGAAUUUGAUCACCUGGACCUGGACUACGAGAUCAGCUUUGGAGGACUUCCUGUGUCUGUGAAGCCAACCUCAGGAGGCAAAGAGAACUUUGUUGGCUGCAUGGAGGGAAUUACCUACAACGGGGAAAACAUCACUAGUCUGGUGCGCAGGAAGAAGGUUGACACCACCAGCUUUCGUAACCUGACAUUUUCCUGCUCCGAAUCCAACACCUCCCCAGUUUUCUUCAACUCCACAUCCUUCCUGCGGCUGCCGGGUCAGACUGACAGCGACACCCUGUCAGUCAGUCUGUCUUUCAGGACGUGGAAUCCCAACGGCCUUCUGAUGUUCACCGCCCUGGCGGAUGGCUGGGUGGAGCUGGGCCUGACGGAGGGAAAAAUCACCGUCUAUAUGAAUGUGACACAGAAGAAGAACACACGCAUAGACAUUUCAUCAAGUUCAGGUCUGAAUGAUGGACAGUGGCAUAGUGUCCACCUGAAUGCACUGGAAAACUAUGCAAUGCUGACAGUUGAUGGAGAUGAGGCCUCCACAGUUAGAACAGCUAUCCCCAUCCAGAUCCAGACUGGAGGAACAUAUUACUUUGGAGGUUAUUUUCUGCAAACUAACCCCAGAUCACAUCAGCGCUCCUUCCAGGGCUGCAUGCAGAUGAUCCACAUAGAUGAUCACCUGGUGGACCUCAAGGCGGUGGAGCAGGGCCUCAUUGGAACUUUUGAAAAUGUCAGCCUAGAUAUGUGUGCCAUUAUAGACAGGUGUGUUCCAAACUACUGUGAGCACAGCGGCCGCUGCUCUCAGACGUGGGACGCAUUCACCUGCAACUGCAGUGGCACUGGCUACACUGGAGCUACUUGCCAUACCUCACUGUAUCAGCAAUCAUGUGAGGAGUAUAAGCACCAAGGCAAGAGUUCGGGGAGCUACUGGAUAGACCCAGAUGGCAGCGGCUCUAUAACCCCCUUCAGAGUCCACUGUGACAUGACAGAGGAUGUGGUUUGGACCACGCUGAGGAACGACCUGUCUCCUCAGACGUCAGUAUCCAGUGCAGACAAGGGCAACGCAGUGCUGCAGAUUUCUUACAAUAUGACUGAGGAACAGAUGUUGUCAGUAACCAGCAGUGCAGAGUACUGUGAGCAGUACGUCGCCUACGCUUGCCGAAUGUCCCGCCUGCUCAGCGGUCCAGAUGGCGUCCCUUUCACUUGGUGGUUAGGAAGAGCCAAUGAAAAGCAUUCUUACUGGGGGGGUUCAGGACCAGGGAUCCAGAAGUGUGCCUGUGGUAUUGAACACAACUGUACUGAUUCCAAACACUACUGCAACUGUGAUGCAGACCUGCGUGCCUGGAAGGAGGACUCAGGCCUGUUGGUCUACAAAGACCACUUGCCAGUCAGUCAGGUUGUGGUUGGUGAUACAAGCAGAGCUGGAUCUGAGGCCAAACUAACCAUAGGGCCACUCAGAUGCCGAGGGGACUCAAACUUCCGGAAUGCGGCCUCCUUUACAAGCCCCGCCUCUUACCUCCACUAUCCUUCUUUGAGAGAUGAAACCAGCACUGACAUCUCUUUCUACUUUAAGACGUCCUCUACUCAUGGAGUCUUUCUAGAAAUCCUAGGAAGCACCAGCUUCCUUCACAUUGAGCUCAGAGCCGACUCAGUGGUUUUAUUCUCUUUUGGCAUUGGCACUGAGAAGAUGGAGCUCAGUGUCCGCUCACCAGUGCCGUUAAAUAAUGACCAGUGGCAUCGUGUGGAGGCUGAAAAAAACAUCAAGGAGGCAGUGCUGCAACUUAAUGGACAGCACAGAAUGGUCAGGCCCACCACCUUACAGGGCCAUGCAAAACCAGAGCUCUACAGUGAUCUCUAUGUUGGUGCUUCAAGUGGUCAAAGAGGUUUUCUGGGCUGCAUGCGAGCUCUGAAGAUUAAUGGUGUGACCUUUGACCUGGAGGAAUGGGCAAAAGGGACUCCAGGUGUGAAUCCAGGCUGCCAGGGCCACUGCAACAGCUACAGGAUGCACUGCAGAAAUGGAGGAAAGUGUGUAGAGCAUUACAAUGGUUACUCCUGUGACUGCUCCCUUACUGCUUACGAUGGACCCUUCUGCACUGAUGAUGUAGGCGGCUACUUUGAGACGGGGACAUUGGUGCGUUACGACUUGCUGCCAGAGGGGGGACCUUUUGCAUUGAGGGACGUGAAGAGUCUGUCAGGUGUUGGUGUUUCAAGUGAGGCCAACCUGACUCAGGAGGAGCUUGUGUUCAGCUUCAGCACCUACAGUGCUCCCAGCAUUCUUGUCUACAUCAGUUCCAGAACUCAGGACUACUUGGCUGUGGUUCUCAGACACAAUGGCACUCUCCAGAUCCGCUACAGCCUUGGAGGACUCACAGAACCGUAUACCAUAGAUGUUGACCAUCGUAACAUGGCCAACGGUCAGCCACAUUCUGUCAACAUAACUAGGAACUUAAGGGAGAUACGGCUACAGCUGGACCAUUAUCCAGUGUCCACAUAUACGCUGCCUGAGGCCUCUGACACCCAGUUCACUUUGGUCAAAAGUAUCUUUCUUGGCAAAGUCUUUGAAACAGGCCAGAUUGACCCCAUCCUGAUCGAGCGCUACAACACACCAGGUUUCAUGGGCUGCCUGUCAAGAGUUCAGUUUAACAGUGUAGCACCGCUGAAAGCUGCCCUGCGCUCCAGCAUAGCAGCACCUGUCAGCACCCAUGGGAUACUGGUUCCUUCAAACUGUGGAGCCUCCCCCCUGACCAUCUCCCCCAUGGCUUCAGCCAGAGACCCCUGGCACAUAGAAGCUGGAGCUGUUUUCAACCUCAAUGAGGACAAGUUCAGUGGUGAUGGUGUGGAUCGCAACUCGGCUGUCAUAGGAGGAAUCAUCUCCAUGGUGAUCUUCAGCGUCCUGUGCAUCAUGGUGUUCGUGAUCCGUCACAUGUUUCGUCACAAAGGCUCCUACCACACUAACGAGGCAAAGGGAGCCGAGUCAGCAGACUGUGCCGACGCAGCGAUCAUUGUCAACGAUCCGGCCUUCACCGAAACCAUUGAUGAGAGCAAGAAAGAGUGGUUCAUCUGAACCCUCGUCGAUACGGACACACGUUAGGAUGUAGUUUUGCAAGCUUAGGGAGUAGCUGGAGGUGACGACCUACUAACCCUGGAGGAGCUGAGGACUUUAGAGACAGAGGAAACCAUUGGUAUUUUAGCUUGGGUAUUAAAGCACAGGGCGCAGAAGUGCCUGGCAGCGACAGUGUGGAGUGAUUCAUAUGAUGGAAGGACGGCCUUCAGUGUACGGUGCCAUAAAGUUUCAGGCCUUGGAUCAGUCAGUAUGUUCAUUUGCUUUUAUCUUAUAUUUUUAUAUAUAUACCGCUCUGACUUUGAUUUCAGUAUGUAAUGUAUUUAUUUAUUGAUAUUAUAUUUUUUCAAAUGUUGAUAU